ACGUAUACAUCCAGCUCAAAUUUCAGUGGCCAAAACCACUGGAAAAUGAAUGAACCGGAGAGCCAAAGUGAGGAGGAAUAUUCGACGCUGAGCCAAUCUGCGGCACUGCUGCAAAAGAAAAGUGCACAACAACAAAAAUUCGCAGAGCAGUACAAAUCAAGAUGGCGGUCAAUUCGAGUCAGUUAUUUCACCAUGUUCAUCAACGCAGUCGCGACAACGAUUGUAUACUCGUCCCUUUGGCCGUACUUAAAAAUGAUGGACGUGGAGACGACGACCUGGUACCUGGGCCUCGUUCAUGUUGCCUUCAAUCUGGCAGAGCUCGGUUGUAUCAUUCUGUUUGGAGCCUGGGUACAAUACCGACCUGGGUUUGAGCCGCUGAUCUUCUCGCUCGUCUGUUUAAUUAUCGGCAAUCUGCUUUAUGCUUGGGCACUGUCGUUUGGUUAUUAUGGAAAAUUCGUGGUGCUUGUUGCUAGAUUGAUUAUCGGCUGUGCAACAGGAAACGACGUCGUGGUGACAGCAGAGGUUUGUGCCAAUACAACAAUUAAAGAAAGAAGUGGCGUCAUCGCAUACUGCUCACUAGCACAAGCGCUUGGUUUAAUGCUUGGGCCUGCAAUACAAGCGGCAUUGGUUCCAAUUGGUUCAAAGGGAGUGUUCGUCAAAAUCCUUUGGCUUCAUAUCAAUUUCUGUACACUGGCUGGUCUGGUUACAGUCCUUUUUGCAGCUGCCAACUUAAUUGCUAUUUGGAUCCACGGCAAAACAGAUUACAGAGUUGACAACCCUUACAUUGACACAGACACCGAUGAAUGCCCUUCGGAAUCAAAGGAGGAGAAACUUGGCGAGAAGGCUGAAAGCAAAGGCAUCAAAAGGAAACUGGGAUUUGAGAAUGCACCAGAUCUCUUGGCUGUAGCCAUAGUCCUGACGGUUUUCUUUGUCGCAAGACACGUCCUGGUUUUUCUUGAAGUGAUGUUUCCUCCUAUGGCAAUGGACCAGUACGCUCUUUCUGACUCCGACACCGUUCUCUACAUUGGUUUGAUCUUAUCAAUUGCUGGCUUCUGCUCGACAUUUAUUUUCGUUGGAAUAGAAAAAAUUACCGCUAUAAUUGGUGACAGAAUUCCAAUCGUCAUCUCAUCGUUCCUUAUGCUUGCCGGAUUUCUCGUGUUGUGGCCUAUCUCCAAUCAAUAUCCAGUUCUUGGCCAUUUCUAUACUGAACUGGUAAAUACAACGUCAGGAGUAGAGCGAGUGACUCGGCUCAGCCCGGGAUGCUCUCCCACACAUUCCUGGUGCAAAUCGACUCCCAGAGUCACUCUAACGCAAUUUUUUAUAAGCAUUGUUUUGGUAACCUUGGCUUUCCCGAUAUCUUACGCUCUUCUGCCAUCAUUGUUCUCAAAAGUCAUCCCACCAGGAAAGCAAGGAAUUAUGGUGUCUUUAUUCUCAGUAUCGGGCAAUCUUUCAAGAAUAUUUGGACCAGCAGCCUUCACAACUUUGUAUUCGUAUUAUGGACCGAAAAUAUUAUUUGGUAUAAUGGAUUUUGGUUUAUUUAUUUCUUUGUUACUGACAAUAUUCUUUUAUAAAAGACUCAUACCUUACAAGCUCUACCGACGAAAGAAAAAAGAAGAAAGAUUGACGUAAAUUUGUUAUCAAAUUUAAGAAUAGUUACCUUGUUUUUAAUUCCUAUUGAAAUUAAAUUCGAAAAAGCAAACAUUUUAACCGUAUAAACUUUUGAAAACUAUUUUAUGGUUUUGUCUCCUAUUUGUCUAGAAGAUUUUAAAUUCUCUUUAAAUAAAUAUUGUGACGUCUUUUAAGGAUAUUAAUCAAAGGCUUAUUUAUCGCAAGAUACGUGCAUGUUUUUUGAAUUGAAUAUUCUUCUUUUGUUCUCGAUUGGAGGGUCCAUACCUUAACACAUCAUAUACUACAAGAUAUUAUGAUACUCUGCGUUAUCUACUUGGGCCUAUUUGCUUUUCAUUAUUCUCCAUUCACGUAGCAGAGACCAACAUUGGAGUUUCACGUUUAACGUUUUGGAAAUUUAUUUCGUAGUAG